AUGGCGUCGAUUAAACCCAACCUCGACCCCGCCCAGUUCGGAAACAUCAAGAACAUAUCCACCACGCACUGUUUGAUUGAUGUUCUUCACACACUCCAUGCUAAUGCUGAACUACCCAAGUCUAUAUCGUCCAUUCUUCUCACUGACUUUUCUAAGGCUUUUGAUCACAUCGACCACACAAUUGCAGUUUCCAAGCUCCUCAAGUUGGGAGUUCCACCACAUUUAGCCGCAUGGAUCGGUGAUUUCAUCUCUAAUCGUGAACAAAGCGUGAGAUACCUCGAUUGCUUUUCGGAAUGGACCCAUACUAAUGCAGGUGUCCCACAAGGCACUAAGCUCGGUGCCAUUAUCUUCCUAGCAAUCAUCAAUGACGCCGGUUUCAAAGAGAACAAUACAAGUAUAAAACACUUCAAAUAUGUUGAUGACAUGACUGUCAUUGAAACCCGUGAUGCCAGUGUUGGAUCCAACCUCCCAUCUGCAAUAACUGAUCUGGAUGUUUGGUCGUCGGACAACAAAAUGCAACUCAACAUCUCUGAUCGGUGCCUCAUACCACGUAAACUUGAUUUCAAGUCUGAGAGUGCGGCAUCAGCUACGCAGAAUUCCGCCGUAGAUUUGCUACCACGCUCUAACGACGGAUGUUUAUUCACGAGAGGGCGCUGUUUCAUCCAACAAUAUAUCAGGACCGCAGGAUCACAGACUUGGAACCAAGUCUAA